AUGGCAGGAGCCGGUGAAUCGAUUCUUCCACGGCUCUUUAAAAACUCAAAGCACAGAAGGACAAAACGACUCACGCCUGAAGAACCUCGGAAGUAUCUGUCCAGACAAGAAAUCUUACAAGCUACAAAAAGUCUGAAGCAGAACAUUUGUGUGGACAUGCUCCAGAACGGCAACCACAGGUCGUUCUCCGUGUUCUUCCAUGUUCUGAGUCUGGAUCAGGAGCGGCGUGAGUCAUGUGACCCUCGUUCGGUCGACAUUCUGCCGCCGCCGCUCGAAGAUCAGCCCGAAAAACUGCACAAAAUGAAGCUACACCUGACACAGGCCGAGCUCGCCGAACGCUCCGGUCGCUGGGCGGAGGCGUGUGAACAGUACUUGUCGUUGUCUCUCUUCUUCUCCUCUGAAAAGGAGCAGUGGCUGCGGCUCCACUUCCUCCACCUGAGCUACGACCGAGAGCACGGCCAGAGCUCCAGAGCCGCCACCGAGGCCCUCGCCCACGCCGCCGAGCUCCGCCUCCAACAAGGUGACCUGGAGGGGGCGCUGCGACACGCCGAGCGCUGCCUCCAUCAGGCGCAGGACGGGGGCUGGCUGGACUCCACCGGGCGCUCCCUGAAGACCAGAGCUCAGCGAGCGCUCUGGGGCAUCUACACCCGCCUGUCCCACGCCCCGCCCCUGUCCCACGCCCCGCCCCUGUCCCACGCCCCGCCCCUGUCCCACGCCCCGCCCCUGUCCAAUGCCCCGCCCCUGUCCCACGCCAGGACCAUGAGCCUCCUCCAGCAGGCCCUGAGCAGCGCCCAGGACUCUGGAGACAGACAUCUUGAAGCAGAAGCCGUGUACAAACUGGGAGUGACGUGUCAGCUCUACGGAGACCACGGCGCCGCCAAAAAGUACUUGAACACGUACGUGGGAAUGUGCACGGAGCUGGACGACGCCGCGGGGCUGGGAAAGGCCUACAGAGCCACGGCCUCGUCUUUACUAAGCGAGGGACGCCAACAGGAGGCACUGCUGUGUCUGCAGAGGCUGUGUGACGGCUCAGUCCACAGUCUGCCCCGGGACCUGGUCCAAGCCUGCGUCAGCCUGGGAGACAUGUACUUCAGCACGGGUGCGUUGGCCUCGGCCUGUGAGUUCUUCCAAAGGGCGUUUGACGGAGCCGUGGACCUGAGAGACGUCCCUCUGCUGCACACGGCUCAGGUGCUGGUGGGAGGAGCCAAAGGCCACGCCCUGAUCGCACAGGUCAGCUCUGUUUUAAGAUCAGACUCAGCUCCUUCACUCCAGACGCUCUUAGACUGGAAAGACCGACGGCACUGGGCCCCGAGCGGUCAGGAAACUGCAGACGCCGCCGCAGACGCAGACGCAGACGCCACCGCCGCAGACGACAUUCACCCAGAGAAUAACUAG